UCCGUUCGUUAAAGCCCGCCUUAAACCCUAGAGAGUAGUAGUAGUCCGGGGCCCCAAAAUCGUCCCCCUCUUCCAGCAGCAGACUCCUGUCUCUUCAAUCCUCAGCUCUCAAGUCUGUGCUUCCUCGCCGCAUAGAUAGCACAGCUCGCUCGCGAAACGGGUCCAAUUUUCUUGAGUUGAUCGGAGAUGGAAGUGGAAACGGAGGUGGAGAGAGAUAUAAACAAUGUGAUGUGCCAAUUGGGUGAUCCUGAGGGGACACCUCUGGGGCCUCCCUUGUAUCUUCCCCAGAACGCUGGACCUCAGCAGCUCCAGCUGAUAGUCAAUAAGCUCCUAAACAAUGAGGAGAAGCUGCCUUAUGCUUUCUACAUAUCAGAUCAGGAGCUUUUUGUGCCUCUCGAAACUUACUUACAGAAAAACAAAGUUUCUGUGGAGAAGGUUCUAUCUAUAGUUUAUCAACCGCAAGCUGUUUUUCGAAUUCGUCCAGUAAGUCGCUGUUCGGCGACAAUCACAGGUCAUGCGGAACCUGUUCUUUCAGUAUCCUUUAGUCCGGAUGGGAAACAAUUGGCUAGUGGUUCUGGUGAUACUACAGUUCGCUUGUGGGACCUAAAUACUCAGACCCCGAUGUUUACCUGUACAGGACACAAGAAUUGGGUUCUUUGUAUAGCAUGGUCUCCUGAUGGUAAGCAUCUUGUGAGUGGAAGCAAGGCGGGGGAACUUAAGAUUUGGGAUCCUUUAUCAGGGAAGCCAUCCGGCAAUCCGCUUGUUGGCCACAGGAAAUGGAUUACUGGCAUAUCAUGGGAACCAGUCCACCUAAACUCUCCUUGUCGCCGGUUUGUUAGUUCGAGCAAAGAUGGGGAUGCACGCAUAUGGGAUGUCUCAUUAAGAAGAUGUGUCAUCGUUCUUAGUGGCCAUACACUUGCUGUGACUUGCGUUAAGUGGGGUGGAGAUGGAGUUAUAUAUACAGGAUCCCAGGAUUGUACCAUUAAAGUUUGGGAAACUUCCCAGGGAAAGCUGAUCCGUGAGUUGAAGGGUCAUGGACACUGGGUAAACUCGCUUGCACUGAGCACCGAAUAUGUUCUUAGGACUGGAGCUUAUGAUCAUACUGGAAAAGAGUUUUCAUCUCCUGAGAAAAUGAAGCAGGUUGCCCUGGAAAGGUAUAAAAAGAUGAAAGGCAAUGCCCCUGAAAGGCUGGUUUCUGGAUCCGAUGAUUUCACAAUGUUUCUAUGGGAACCUUCCAUGAGCAAACACCCAAAGACUCGCAUGACAGGUCACCAGCAGCUUGUGAACCAUGUCUAUUUCUCACCUGAUGGGCAAUGGAUAGCUAGUGCCUCAUUUGAUAAAUCUGUUAAGCUAUGGAAUGGUAUCACCGGAAAAUUCGUUACUGCAUUUCGGGGUCAUGUGGGCCCCGUAUAUCAAAUCAGCUGGUCUGCUGACAGCAGGCUUCUCUUAAGUGGCAGCAAAGACUCCACUCUGAAGGUGUGGGAUAUUCGUACGAAGAAGUUGAAACAAGACCUUCCAGGUCAUGCGGACGAGGUCUUUGCUGUUGAUUGGAGUCCUGAUGGCGAGAAAGUGGCUUCGGGCGGUAAAGACAAGGUGUUGAAGCUCUGGAUGGGAUAAAAUAUGAAGCCAGAGGGAAAGAUGAAUGAGUGAAAGAAUCCUAUAUAUGUAAAUUGAUACACGAAAUAGCAUGAUGAUGGUUGUUAGAAAGAUUUGAUGAGGGAUGAACCAGGAAUUUACUGCAAAUGGCGCGUGCGGGACUUGGAGCUUGUUUCGUAGCAUCUGGAAAGCAGUCUCGGUAAAUGGAUCUGCGUGCUGCAGGAGAAGAAGAGUCCAUCUGAAGCAAAGUUUCAGUCUGUGUUACAUGGAUUGUUCAGGUUGUGAACUUUAUCUCAAAACGAGAUCUUCAACUAGAGAUGGUGAUCAGAUCUUGUAUGUCGUUUACCGUCAAGAUAUUACUUAGCAUUAUUUAUCUAUUUCAGUGUUAUUUUGUUUUGGUAAA